AUAUUAUAUUAAUAUAUUUUAUUUACAUUGUUCUCGUAGGUAUUACAGAUAAAAUUAUAUGUGUACGAAAUUGUGAAUGUUAUCUUACAUUAUCAGUUUCCUAAAAUAUGUAUAAAAUGGAAUAAAAUACUCAGUGAACGUUUUGACCACAAGUCAAGUGUACCUACAUACCUACUGUUUUUUUAUUUUUAUUCUUAACAAUCUUAACGAAAUUGUUUAACGAUGAAACGAUUUACUUCCAUAUUUUGGAUACUGAUCUGUACGCUGUCUGUUUUUCAAAAUGGGCGUGUAUCUGCUGGCAAAUGUAUUAUUUGCAAAUUUGGAUCUAUUUUAACACCUCUAAAUUCAUCGGUUUCAACAAAACUAAACACCGACAGACAGCUAAAGUCAUCACGACACUCGAUGACAAUGUCAUUAGAAAACUCGAUUUCAUUAAAAGCUACCUUGGACCAUCAUACGGAAAAACAUUUGCUAACGUCCACAAAACCUGAUGAAGAUAUUAUAAAAUCCAGCUCGCCGACUUCAAUAGCCGACAUGUCGCCGGAAGACAAGGAAUCCUUCGUCUUAGUCUUCACGUCGAUUUACGGUCAUUUGACGGAUCCAAUCCCAUCCGACAUGGUCAUCAACUUGGUGGGCGUGUUAGGGUGCUCGCCAAAAUUAUUUUCUACACUUACACAACCGUGCCUCAACUCGGCUCUGUCGAUAUUAGCGGUCAACCAGUGCGCACUGCACCAGGUGCCCCCGAAGGACAGUGGUCUGUUCUUGAAAGGAUUGCUAUCACUGUCCCCGGGUGUCCUGAACAGAAUCCCGAAGUCCAGUUUUGUUUCAAUACUCGGGAUGGUGUCUUCCGCCGACUUUUUCAACGACCUACCACAUUCGUCGACCUUGAAUUUGAUCACCGCGUUGUCGAUGUCGAAAUCAUCGGUCAACUGUCUGCCUUUGCAGACUCUACUGUCGCUGUUGUCGUUUAUCGCCUCCAAAACACAUACGGAAUUUAUGAUGAGAUUGCCCCCAUCUACUCAUUUUGGUUUUCUGGACGGCCUGUUGGACACGUUGGAGGACUCUUCGCCUUUCCUGGGCAACAUGAUACCCACUUCGGUGCUCGUCACCAUUCUCAGUCCUGUAAUGACUUCGCGGAUGUUGAGCGUAUUGCCGAUCAGCAGUUUUGAUUCGCUCGUGUCCGUCCUCGGUUCGUCACAGGCGUUAUUAAAAGACUUACCCGUUACAAAUUUCAUAUCAAUGAUUAAUAUUUUAAUAACUUCACCUAAAAUAUUGAGUUCUUUAAAUCCCAAUAAUGUGGCAAAAAUGCUAUCUACGGUGGCGACGUGUCCGUCGAUAUUCGACAGUCUCCCUUCGAAUUUGAUGCGCCAACUGUUUGAGUCUAUUACCCUUUAUUUACCUUCUUCUCUGGCCUGUAUCACUGCAAACGAAUAUACGAUAUUGUUCGGGGAAAAAAAUUAGAAAACAUCAUUUGCAUAUUUUUUUUGUUUUCAAUGAAAAAUAUUUAAACCAUGUUAAAUGUUUUAUUUUGAAUCGGUUCAAAUAUCUGUGUUAUAUUUUAUUCUUAAGGUUUCUUGAUUUUUUUUUUCAUAUUUUACUGUAUUGUAUGACUAUCAUUUUUAAACUAUAAUACUGUAAGUUAUAAGUAAUUUUGUUAUAAUUAUUUCUUUUGGAUUUAGAUAAAAAUAUUUUUUUUAUUAUUUUUUUAAAAAUAAAAUCCGAUAGGGCCAUGGGGAUUCAAGUUUUAUCACAAAAAUUGUUAAAAUUCUAAUAUUUGUGUAGAUAAUAUUACAAUAAUUGUAUUAUUUAUAUCGUAAAUAUUAUAUUUAUAUCAAAAGUAAUUAUUGAAUUGGAACACUAUCUUCAGGAUCUAAAUACAUAGAAUAUUUUUUUUAAGCUUAAAAUAGUAUAUUUUUCGAACUUAUUGUCUUUAUUUCUUAAUUAUUUUUAUGAUAAUAUUUUAGAAAGAAACAAAGUAUGUUAUGAACAAAUAAUAAGUAUUUUGUAGCAAUAAUGUGUAAACUAUAUAAUAUAUUAAUAUAUAUUUGUAUCUUACAAUUAAUAUAUGAUUUUGAAUGUAUAAGUAUGGACCAAGAUGUGUAAGAGU